AUGGAAAUUUUAGUGUCAUUUCUAAAUCGUGAUAAUUUAUCACAAUAUAUCUCAACAUCUAUGUCGAAUAUUCUUACUUAUCGAAAUGAAUCAAAUAAACAAGAAAAAGAAAUUAAAGAACUUAGCCGACUUUUAGAUGCUCUACCAUCUAAAAUAAAUCUUGACUCAAUAUUAAUAGCUAGUCAACUUUUUGAUUAUUUAUUACAAAAUUCACCAUCAAUUCAUCAAUAUCGUUUAUUAUCUUCAUGUUUGAAUUUAAUGAAAACAGAAGAUCGUCUUCAACAUAUAAAAACUAUUCUUCUAUUAAUCCUUGAUAAUGAACAAACAGUUCAAUUACGUGAACUUCUAUGCAAAUUACUCAAUAGUAUUGAACAUUCUACUUCUUUAUCAUUAGAUUUUGAUUGGACACAAUUAGAAUCAGCAAUGCAUUAUCAACAUGAUCCUAAAUUUCUUACUUAUAUUUGGCGUUUUUUUUCUAAACAUCAUCAAACGAAUCUUGAACAGAUUCUUGUACGUACAUUACCAAUAAUAAAAACUAAUAAUGAAUUAUUUCUUUUAUUAUUAAUUGAUUUACGUUCAGCAAAAGUAUUUGUUUCAAUGCCAUCAUUUUGGUAUUUAAUACAACGUUCAUUAGGUGAUUUAACAUCAAAUAAUGAUCGUAUACGUAAAUGUAGUUUAUAUUUAUUUCAACAAAUAUUAACUAAUGAUGAAUAUAAACAUAUUGAAAUCAAAGAAGAAAACUUUAAUCGAUUAUUAAUUUUAAUCGAUGAAAAAACAAAACAAUUUUGGGUUGAUUUUAUUGUUCUUUAUGAAGUACUUGAAGAUGGUGUUGUUCAUUUAAUAAAACCAUNUUCCAAUACCUAUUGUUAA